AACCAAGAUUUAAAUUACCAUAUUUUCUCCCUCGUUUUAUUUUCGUUAAUAUUAUCGUCUAAAUACAGGUAAUGUAAACAGAGACUGAUUAGAACGCGCAGGAGAAAUAAAUUAUAAUGACUGGUCACCCUGAAUAACGCCGAGUUGUUCAAAUAAAAUUUGAAUUAAACGUACCCAUUCACUCAGUGUAUAUAUGUAUUACAUUUCUGAUAAUCAAUAAGGAUAGAAUAUUGAGUGGAUUACUGGAAUACGACGACUAAUCCGGAUCACUAUGGGUUUGAAAUGUUUAAAUAAUAUACUUACAUGUAUAUAAUCCGGGAGUGUACAAUUAUAAGCAGUGCCAAGCAGGUGUCACUAUAGUGUAUAGAUGUACCAACGAAACAAACACAUUUUGGAAACAACGGAAAUAUACAGUGAGAAUGUGAUAUUCCUGUUUUGACAAAAAAGUCGUUUAUGAGGAUUUUUCAUUCAUUUUAAGGAUUAUUUUAUCUUGUGAAAUUUUAACUUGACAGGUUUAAAUUUUAAGAAUUCAGAAUGAAUGUUGGUAAAACUCGGCGUGUUUAUCAUAGUAAUCUGAACCUUCCCAAAGCAUUCACACAAUAUGACCUGAUGCAGUCGGGAUUCGGAAAGAGUAUGUCCAUGGAAGGAUUGAAUAGAAAUCAUACCACUCUUGUAGACUCCAGUCGACGAAAAAAGAUGUCUAAGAUACAGAAAAAUGAGAGCAAAGAAACAUUGCCCCUAUGUUUACCGAGGUUGGAGCCCGAGGUCGAUCUAGACCUGGAUGUUGAGGCACGAGAUGUUAGUGCCACAACAAGACUUGCAUCUCAAAUGGAUUCGAACCCCAGAGGAACGACAGAACCGGAAGUCCGGACCGAACACGAGAGCGACAGUGAUGAGUCCGAUUAUCUUAACGAUUACAGAGACGACACAGAAACAGCUCAUAAGAGGCUGGAACAAAUCGGCGUCUUUGAAAUGGAACAUAAUUGGUUAUUACAUGAGGGAUUCGAACGUGAAAAAGAAUUGUUUGUUACUAAAAGCAGAAAAAUUAAUAUUGCUCUUCCAGAUGAGAACCCAAUAACUACAGUAAAUAGCAGGAUUGAAGAGGUGAACUCAAUGGUAAAACCCAAGGCUGACAUUGGCAUGCUGCUAAAAAACAUGAACCCCGAGCAACAAGAGAAAAUUCGGAUUAUUGCUGAAACGGAUAUCGGCGACAUCAGAAAGAGAUUUAGGAAAAGUUGGAAGAACGAAGACAAACUUCACCACGCCCUACUGAUGAUUAAAAUCAUGAACAAAGCCCAUCUUCCAAGGCGGAAAUAUUUCAAAGAAGAGAAGCCAGUUGCAGGAAUGGCACUGAGGCGACUUAAAGCUCAGGAUCAAUCGGAGCAGGUGGAGACACCCCAGCGCUCCUCUCUAGCUUUUGAUAUGGAGUUAGCUCUGAUCACUCACCCAGCUUACAGGACAGAAGAGGAUCUGGCAAAGGUUAUGUGGGUGCUACGAGCUACAAAAGCUUUUAAUCAUUUGUUUCCGGUAGAAAAAGAGAAGGAUCUGGCGAGGGUCGUGGGAUACGAGAAGUACGACCCCAACAGAAUCAUGGCAUACCAGGGGAAGAAACCAGAGCGAUUUUACUAUAUUCUGACCGGAAAAGUACGGAAGGUGAGGGAGUACAGUUUGUCUGAAGGAAAAGUCACUCGGACCGAGGGGCUGAUCAACAAAGGGACGACCACUGAUUUAGAGGAGCUGGAGGAACAGUGGUUGAGGGAGCACCAUCUGGUGACGCAGGGCAAUGUAGAGGUCCUUAUUCUCCACAGAUCAGAUUUGAUGAGAUUGCAAAACAAACUGGAAGGACCCCCUAUUGAGUAUCUUAGGACGUUGCAGUUGUUUUAUGAAUUUCCAGUAGAAGUGUUUUUAACCAAUACGGACGCAAUCGAACUUAAAUACUAUGGACAAGAUGCAGUUAUUUCCCAUGAUACCAACAGGACUCCCUGGAUUCAUGUUGUCAAGUCGGGUCGUGUUCGAGUUGUGCGAAUGCAAACUGUCAUUGAUGUUCAAAAUGAAAGUAAAUUUGCUAAUCAGAAAACGGAGGAGCUGGGAUUUGGGCGUACAUUUAGUCAUGCUGAUGCAAUGCUGGGGUCCCUGUUUUCACAACGGAAGGCCAAAGCUGAGCGUGGAGCGGAUCAGAUUUCUUUCCCAGAGAUGCCAGAUUUCUUGCGAAGCCCCCUCGGACACACCCUCGGGGUUGACCUUAAAUCUCUGUCGAAAUUUAGUGCCCGGUCAACUCAGUUUUCUGAGGGAAUCGGUCUUCUGUCUAACUUAACAAAACGACACAAAACAUCAGCUCAGACCGAUAAUAAGGGAGACAAUAAGAGUGAUAGUUCUAAAGACAAGGAUUCUGUCAAAGACAUCAAAGAAACAAGGGCAGAGACGGUGCAGCCUGUACCUGAAGGCCCCAGCAAGGCCAAGAGUAUCAGAAGGAAGGCAAAGCUGAUAAAAACACCUAUCAUAGCUGAGCCUAAGACGGACGAUCCAAAGAGUGGUAGGGGUUCUAGAGCUGACAUUGCUCCUGAACAUUACGUCAUAGAGGAGGAAACUCCUCGUGAUAUGACCUGCGUUUCUGCUAGGUCUUCUUCUAAUGGAACUGUGUCUUUCCCGCCAAUUAACGCCCUGCCGUCUGCCAGAUCGUAUGGAGAGAAGUCUGCAACAAGCGAAUUUCGACCACAUGGGACUUUCCUUACACGAGAGAAAACUGAAGCAGAAUCAGCAGUUUCAGCUAAAAUCAGAAGAAAAAAGUGGAAGGAGCAUGCGCCCUGCCUACCUAAAUUACGGUCCACGAAACUACAGCUUGAUAUCCUGACUGCAGGCGACAUAUUUUUGCAGCAUUUAGACAGCACCAAUAACGGAACAAAGGGUCUGGAUGCUGUUUCCCGUAAAUUCAGCAGUUUGUACCGUGACCCCUUUGGUGAGGGUUUGGAACAUUUAGAUCCGCCUAUCGCCUCUGAACCAAAAGGAGUCAGUCUGAUAAGCGAUGGUGCUGAAAUCAUCCGUAUUAGUAAACGGUUUUUCCUACAACAUGCUCAAAACAACACUAUGUUACGAGUAGAGACUAUGCAACGUGAUUACAUGUCUGUUGAGGAAGCCAGUAAAAUCAUAUACACCAACGAAACCUGGAACCAAUACAAAGACAUCCUGAUGCGGAGAAAGGUGGAGUCGUUAUUACGGAGGGACUAGCCACCUCCUCACAGGGAGGGCCUCAGAGGGAGGCAGGGUGAGGACAGGAAGAGGAGACUCGACCUCAAUAUUCUGUGAUACUGACUGUGCAAUACAGCUACAACAUGAACACUGUUACCGUCCCAUGGUGCUUUGUGCUACCGACACGUGUCUGCACGUGUUGAAUCAUAGUGCUAGUCAUACUACUCACUUGUAAAUUAACUAAUACAGUGCAGCUACAGCGCAUCUGUUAUUUUAAGACUUCGUGUCCCAAAGUAUAAGUUUGGGAGAUUUAUUUUCUGUGAUCAGAAUUUACAGCGAAACAUUGUUUUUCAGGGUCACUUAAAAAAGGUCAGAAAUGCAUUAAAUUUUAUCAGUAUUAUUUUUCCAUUGUCUGUAAA